ACCACAACUUCCCCUCUUGACUAUGAGAUACGCAACACUCGAGUCUUCACCAGAACGCAGAGGGAAAAAAAACCACCUGCAGGUCUUGUUUGCUGUUUGCUGGCCGCCGCUGAUCGAGCCCGCUUGUCCGUGUUGAGCCUGUGUUGUUAUGGCUUUGUGGGGCAGGAGCCCAAUACUGGUUGCAAUCCCUCUCUGGAUGUCUUUCGGGAGCGCUGCGGCUCUUGCAGAGCCUGAGAUCUGUUAUGUGCUGGAUGGCAUCCUGUUUUUGUAUGGCAUCAUCCUGACAGCUCUCUACUGUAGAAUUAAGAUCUACAAUGCUAGGGAGGCUGCAGCUGGGAACGCAAAGGGCAAGAAUGUUGAAGAGGGCAUCUAUACGGGUUUGACUCCUCGUGCCCAGGACACAUAUGAGACAAUUGGCAUGAAGAAGUGACAUGAUGGAGGAAACUUCAAAAACAGACCUUUCCCUCUGAAUACCUUUAUGUUUUUAUUUAAAUAUUGCAUAUCUUAACCUGCCUAGAUUAGGAGAGAAUGUAAGAUGUUGUGCACCAGUGUUCAUUUCUCUUUUGCUUUUGUAGAGGUUGUGGGAAGUUAAGAAUGAUGAGACAGAAAAUAGAGAAGCUGAGUCCAAAACAGGGACAUUAUCAGAAAAGCUCUGUCCUUGUUGUAUAACAUAUUUUUACUGCUUUGUUGCCUGUAUGUAAUUUUUGUUCAAGCAUAUUUUGAUCAUUACAAUCCUUCAGAUAUAUUUUCUACUGUACUUAUGAAUAAAAAGAUAAAUGCUGUGUU